AGAAGCAGAAGUUGCAAAAGAAAGCCGUCUAUAAGGACAUGGCAUUGGCCUCCUCUUCAUCUUUACAGCUUGCUUUUAUUUUUAUACUUCUGGCGGGGCUCAGGACUUUAGCCUUGGACAAAUACACCGCAGCAGUAUACGAACAUGCAGUCAUACAGCCAGAAGUAACAGGAAAGCCUGUUUCCCCUGAAGAGGCCUUAAAAUUGAUGAACCAAAACAUGGACAUCUUAGAAGAUGCCAUCCAAAAAGCAGCAAAGCAGGGAGCACAUAUCAUUGUGACUCCAGAAGAUGCCAUAUAUGGAUUUAACUUCACCAGAGAGACCAUUUAUCCUUACCUUGAGGACAUUCCAGACCCACAGGUCAACUGGAUUCCAUGUACCGAUCCUGAAAGAUUUGGAUCUACUCCAGUCCAAAAAAGACUAAGCUGUCUGGCCAGGAGCAAUUCGAUCUAUGUGGUUGCCAAUAUGGGUGAUAAGAAGAAUUGCCAUUAUAUAGACCCAAAGUGCCCCCGUGAUGGCCGCUAUCAAUACAACACAAAUGUUGUCUUUGAUUCAGAGGGAAAGCUGGUGGCACGAUACCACAAGUUUAACCUGUUUAAGGUGGAACGUCAAUUUGAUUUCCCUAAAGAGCCUGAACUUGCAACCUUCGAUACUGCCUUUGGAAAAUUUGGCCUCUUCACUUGCUUUGAUAUUCUCUUCCAUGAUCCCGCUGUAACCCUCGUAACCCAGCUCUCUGUGGACACCAUGCUUUUCCCGACAGCCUGGAUGAACGUCCUCCCACAUUUAACUGCUAUCGAAUUCCAUUCAGCUUGGGCCAUGGGCAUGCGUGCCAAUGUUCUGGCAGCUAAUACUCAUAAUCCCAUGUUCAAUAUGACAGGCAGUGGUAUCUACACACCAUCCGGAUCAGAAGCCUAUCAUUAUGAUGCAGAAUCGAUGAAUGGGCAUCUUUUGGUUGCAGAAAUCUAUUCCCAUCCUUCUCAUUUUCCCACCCCUCUUCCUCCUGUUAACUGGAGCUCAUAUGCCACAACUGUUGAAGGGUUUCCUGAGAACCAUACUUUCUCCGGAUUUAUUUUCCAUGAUGACUUCACCUUAUCUACCCUUGGAAAAAAAGCUGACAAUCUUACAGUGUGCCAGAAAAGUCUCUGCUGCCAUUUAAACUACAGGAUGAUGGAACAACAAGAAGAUGAACUUUAUGUGCUAGGAGCAUUCGAUGGUCUUCAUGAGGUUGAGGGACAAUAUUACUUACAGAUCUGCACAUUGCUGAAGUGCGGAAGUACGAACCUUCAGAGCUGUGGCCAGGCAACCACGACUGCUGAAUCCUAUUUUGACUUCUAUUCUCUCAGUGGCACAUUUGGCACAAACUACGUCUUCCCAGAGGUUUUACUCAGUGGGAUUCGUUUGGCUCCUGGAUUGUUUCAGGUUUUGAAAGAUGGACAACUGGUCAGUCAAAACGAUAUCCCUCAGUCCGUUUUAACUGUGACACUUUUUGGAAGAUGGUAUGAGAAGGAUCCUCCACACAUUCAGAAUAAGGUUGAAUCCACUAUUCAACAACUCAGUUGCUUGAUUCUUUUACUGUUUCAGUCUGUUCUGGGGAUUAUUUAGCAAGAAUCAGUCCUCUAAUCAGAAGGAACCAGAAAACCAGACUUCAGUUUCUUUGUAGUCAAGAAUGACAAAAACUCAAACUGCUAUAACACUGUUUAUUUGUCAUUAAUUUUCAACCAGGAAGCCAGCUGGGUUGAAUUAUUGAGCCUGUCUGAGAUUGUAAUAUGAAUUAUGCCAACUUUUUGAUUGAAAAUUAUAAUCCGUGAUAGUCAAAACCCACAUAGUAGACUGUAGCCUUCUCCCGACCCAUUGUCAGGUGCUCUUUAUUUGAGGCUGUUUUAAAAAUAAGGUGUCCUAGAGAAGAGAGAAUUUUUAUAUUUGUAAGAGUCAAAAAUGUGUAAUUUCAAGUAAGGCAAUCAAUUGGGUUCUCAGAUAUUGAGAAGAAUUUCUAAACUGACAUCAGUAAUACUUUCUGUUAUAUGAUAAUUAAUAUGGCUAUGCAGAAAACGAAACUAAAUAUGAAUGAAAAGGUAUGGUGAAACUAUGCCGAAGAAAAAAUGCCUAUAGAAUAUAAGUGUUAACUAAGAGAUCAUGCAAACUUCAGAUUGAGCAAAAGAGAGAGCAAGAGAAAGAAGGAGGGAGGGAGGGAGAGAAAGAGAGAGAUUCUUAGAAAAUGAAGGAUCAGCAAAAAAUGGAGAGUGAUAAGUUAGAAUGCAUGCAUUCUGCAAACAAAUACUUUUACUUAUGGGCAAAAUAAUUCAUAAAAUCUAAUGAAAUGGGAGAAAAAAUAUUCCAGCAUUUGAAUUACCAAGAAUUUUUUUGGUAAUAACAAAAGGCAGGAUAUGGCAAAGAAGCAAAAAUGUUAUUGUAGCCUUACUGAACUGUUCUUUAGACUCAGGUCCAAGUUACAGAGGUUCUCCGUGUGUGUGGUGUGUGUGCAUGUGCACACAUUUUGUGCAUGUAUGCAUCCCUCGAGAAUUCAGAAGAUGUAAAUUGAUGCUUCCUGUUUGGAAAAUGGGAGUCAUUCUUGACUAACAAAUAAAAAUUCCAUCACAUGGGGAAAUUUAGAUAUGUAGCUUUACUUUCGUAUUACAGUGUGCAGUGUCAGUGAUAAGUAACAAUCUUAGAUUUGGAAAUCAAUGGUAUGUCCAUUUUAUAUGCUAAGACAGAUCAUUGAUGUGACUGAGGGAGCUGAACUUUGAAAUCCAGUCUGAUAUUGAUCUGAUUGAAGUUGCUGUCCUUGUCUGCCUGUAUUUUAAAUAUUGGCCUUAAGGCUGGUUAAGGAGUGUUCCUUAACCAGCUAUCAUAUGCUGGGCAUUGCUAUAAACCAUCCUUUCUGGUGAAAUGUAAAUUUUGUUACUACCGGUUCUGUGGGUGUGGCUUGGUGGUGGGGGUGUAAUAUGACUGAGUAGGCGUGGCCAACUUUUUUUUUUACUUUUAAAACCAUUUUUCUACAACCUCUUCAGCUUAAAAAAUUGCUUUUAAAGCUUCUGACGAUCGCAGCUGACUUGCCUGAUCGGCAGAGGCUUUGUUUUUACUUUUAAAAGCAUUUUUUCUAUAACCUCUUCGGCCGAAGAGGUUGUAGAAAAAAUGCUUUUAAAAAUAAAAUAAAAAAAGCCUCUGAUGAUUGCACGGCUCAGCUGGGCAAUGGGGUGGGGCAGGGAUUUUUGCUACCGGUUCUCCGAACCACCCGCUUCCAUCGCUACCGGAUCGGGCUAUCUGGUCCAAACCGGGAGCAUUUCACCCCUGCUUCCCUAACAUUAUCCUUACAGGAUACUUGUUAGUCCAACACCUUUGGGAGGAUGCCAGGAUAGGGAGGACCAAAGAAAUCUUUCCUUUGCGAUUUGACAGAAGAAUGCUGUGUUGUUACAGUCAACAUUGUUUUAAAAUGGAUUGACUACACACAUACAGACCAGUGGUGAAAUGUAAAAUUUGUUACUACUGGUUCUGUGGGCGUGGCUUGGUGGUGGUGAGGUAAUGUGACUGGGUGGGCGUGGCCAACUUUUUUUUUUACUUUUAAAAGCAUUUUUUUUCUACAACCUCUUCAGCCGAAGAGGUUGCAGAAAAAAAUGCUUUUAAAAGCCUCUGACGAUCCCAGCUGAGCCGUGCGAUCAUCAGAGACUUUUUUUUUCUUUUAAAAGCAUUUUUUCGGCCGAAGAGGUUGUAGAAAAAAUGCUUUUAAAAGUAAAAAAAAAAGCCUCUGAUGAUUGUGUGGCUCAGCUGGGCAUGGGGGGUAGGCAGGGAUUUUUGCUACCGGUUCUCCGAACCACCCGCCACCAUCGCUACUGGAUCAGGCGAUCCAGUCCGAACCAGGAGCAUUUCACCUCUGAUACAGACACACAAUUGUUAUGCAAGAAGAAGAGGCAGGAAACCUAAUUUCUUGAACACUGUUAAAACCUUAAAGGCUAACAAAUCAAUUAAACCUGUCAAUGCUAAGUAUGAACAUUAUCCUUAAAGAAACUUGGUGAAAAGUGUUCCUGGCUUUGAAACAUGAAAUAAUUUGCUAUAGUCCUGACCAAAAGAAAUCCCUUUCUUUUUGCCAGUAUGCCUGCAUAGCAACCUUCGGAUGUUGCCAGGAUAAACAAGAAGCACCUGUCCACAGUGCUCUGUUCCUUAGAAAAGCAGUGCUUUCAAAACCAUGCAUAAUAGCCUUUAACUGAUAAGCUGACAAAUCAAAGCAAAUUCAAAAAAUAUUAACAUUGCAAAAGGUAAUUAACUCUGUAUUAACCUGGAAAGAUGUCCACGUUCAGAAUAACAUAAUGGCAACUGAUUGCUUUCGAUAUUGCGAUUCAGUGUAUUCUUGUAUGUGUGUAACUAUUGUUAAACGUAAUAGAGCUUAUUUCUGAGUAGCACCAUUAAUGAUUGUAUUAAACAGCUUGCUACACAAGGAGACAUCUCAUUGCAAUGGGACUUGCCUUCCUACAACAGUGGUUUUCUUCCACACCUACCUCCAGAUUCAAAGGAAUCCAUUCUACUGAUUGAUACUAUACUAUUGGUAGACUGAAAUUGCUGGGUACAUUUUUCUGUUUGUAGAAUUGAAUCAUAAAACUGCUCAAUUCUACAGCACUGUAUGAAAGGAGACAAACUGGUUAUAUGUAAAUCUCUGUCUGCAAACUGCUUUUAAAAUGGCUAUUUUUGGAAACAUCAGUGCAGGUGUUGAGCAAAACCAUUGCCCGAUUUACCAAUGAAAUACUAACUACUGUAUUUUUUGGUCCAUAAGACGCUCCGGACUCUAAGAUGCACAUAGCUUUGGGGGAGGAAAACCAGAAAAAAAAAAUCUGCCUCUGCCUCCCAGCAUCUAUCGAUAUUUAUCUGGCUAGCGUCCUUGCAGCAAGUAGCAAACAGCCUGGUCAGCUUCAGCUUGUUAUUGCAGUCUGAUUUAGCAUGAGCAGCUGAUUGGUGGUUGGAUCAGCCUCCCAGAAUACUGUCCAUCAGCUGUUCCAGGCUGCGGGGAUCAUUGCCGCAAUUGCCGCCGUCGCCUAUCGUCGCCUCUAUGCAUUCCAUUUUUGGCCUCCGCACACCCCGUUUUCGGCCUCCAUGCAUGCAUCCUGUUUUUGGCCGUUCCAGGUGGCGGGGAUCAGUGCCGCCAAAUAUUGGGGUACACAGAGGCCGAAAAUGGGAUGUGCGGAGGCUGAAAAUGGCCAAAG